CUUAUUGCAGAAAGGCGUUGUUCCAUAGAAAGGCACGUUGCACUCGCGGGGAACGCCAUGUCUCCAGAUGAAAGCAUCGAGUUCAUGGUGUCCUUGCGGCGGAGGGACGGCGAACUGGUGGGAUUAAAAACGAUGCCGAUCCACGCCUUGGAAGAUGGGUGCUUCAAGAACUACAAAGUGCUUGGCGUGUCCGGAGUGAUCGAGCGGGUGAAUCAGGUGACACGCAAAUACCCGAACCUGGAAACGCAAGAGCAACUGGUACUUCCAGGCGAUUUCAUCGUAUCCGUGAAUGGAAAGACUGAUGAGACGGAGAUGAAGUCGCUUCUGCACACUGAACGAAAGCUAUGGUUGAAGGUUCGACGCGAACCUCAUGUGGAGACCAGCACCGAUCCCCUGCAAAUGUAUGUGGCGAUUGAGUAUGAUGCCAAGGAGCCUGAGCUGGGCUACUUAGCCGUGGCUCGUGGACAGACUGUGCAGGUCUUGUUGUCAACCAGAACCAGUGCUGAGGAACGCAACACCUACAAGUGUGACUAUGUGUUCGGUUGGCAUAUGGACAAAAGUAAAGACGAUGGUGGCUGGCUGCCAAUAGAUGUCCUGAGGGCAGGGUGAAUGUAGCUCGGGCCCGUUUGUCUCCCUCCGGCUCUAUGUGUCUGAGGUAGCAAGCGCCCUGAUUUAGAUGCAAUUCCCGUCACUUUGAUGUUGCGUGUCAAAGCCUGGCA